AUGACAUUUAUGCAACAGGAGCAAACAUAUUUAAUUGAUGUAACACCUAAAACAAGAAGAUCCUAUGAAUAUCAACCAAAAAAUAGUAAUACAACAAAAAGAUUUUUAACAAAUUCAGAUAAAUCUAUUUUUAAUUUAAAAUGGGAAAAUCGACAUGUUGCAGAACAAAAUUAUCAACGAAAUAAAAGUCAAAGUCAACAGGAUCUAAGUAAAGAGAAAAAUAGUCCCCGGAAUGAUUCUCAUACAUAUCAUCAUCAAAAACAGCCCGGAUUGAAUUAUAAACCGAUGCAUAUAGGAAAUUCAAAUACAGCUCAUCAAGCACAACCAGUACCUAUAUUAAAUUAUUAUCCUUAUGCUCAUCCACCUAUGCCUAUUAAAAAGAAACCAAUACCUCAAAAACCGGUGAAACAACAAGACCCUAAUAGAACAACACCAACAACAGAAACAAGACCACGAAUAAAACAAAGUGAUAAAUCGAUUAAUUUAGUACGUGAUACUAAUAAAUUAAAAAUAGAACAUCAUUAUGUUGAUUCACCAGAAGAAGCACAAAGACUUAUUGAUAAACUUCAACGAAGAGGAUUCGUUGAAACUGGAAUUCAUCAACCAACAAUGUAUUCUAUUGAUAAUCGAAACUAA